AUGAUUCCAUUGAAUCAAAACGACCCCACGGGAGCAACUAAAAUCAUCGACACCGAGUUUUAUCAGUCGGCCCUUGAAGACGCGAAAAAGACAAAAGAGAAAGACAAAGAUGAAACAAAACAAUUUGGGGAUCCGGUGAUCUCCGUCACUAAUAUAGAGAAGAAAUAUGAUAUUGAAGGACGUGAAGAAGGGGUUUACGCUGUCCGCGGAAUCACUAUGAAUGAAACAAGUGAAAUUCUUCCCAUUCGAAAAGGGGAGUUUGUGAUGCUUCGAGGACCGAGCGGUGGAGGAAAGACAACGUGCUUGAAUAUGAUAGGGAUGAUCGACAAACCGACAGGUGGGACUUUAACGUUGUUUGGCAAAGAAAUUAAUGAGAAAACGGCGGAGAGUAAAUUAGCGCGCCUCCGUCUUGAGAAAAUCGGCUUUGUCUUCCAGACGUACAACCUUCUGGCUACUAUGUCUGCGUAUGAAAAUGUCGAGUUACCGAUGCGAAUAUUAGGCAAAUUGAAGAAACAAGAAAGACACGACAGAACAAUAAAACUCCUUGAAAUGGUCGGAUUACAAGAUCGAAUGAAUCACUUGCCCUCCGAACUGUCUGGUGGUGAACAACAGCGAGUGACCAUAGCAAGAGCACUUUGCAACGAGCCGGAAUUACUUCUGAUGGACGAACCAACGGGGGACUUAGAUACAAAAAACACCAUUGAAGUGAUGGACCUUGUCUUAGACUUGAAUUUGGAAAUGAAGACUACUAUCCUGAUGGUCACACACAACGCUGAUAUCGAGUGUUACGCAGACAGAAUUAUUUAUAUCCAAGACGGUCGGAUCAUCAAGCAAGUCUUCAACAAAAAGCAGACCAGACUCGACUACAAUGCGUUCAUGAAGUUCAUAGCAAAACGGGAGAACCAGAAUUGA